AGUCUCCCUUUUUGACGGGUUUUUUAAUUUCAGUAAUUGGAAAUAAAUACAUUUUUUACAACAUUACAAACCCGUCAAAGUUGUCAUUGGAAACAAGAACUAAUAUUUUUUUUGCCAUUACUAACUGAUGAUUCACAAAUAUUGACAACUCAAAAAUAAACUACAAUGGCUGAUUCCCCUGUCAGAUCCAACAUGGACUCGCCAGAUGCCUCUGUCAUGUCAGGAAAGAAAUCCAGACAAGACAACCAAUCACGACAGUCUGGAAGAGUUACAUUUCCUAACUCAGCCAAGUCUAGCUCCAACCAUUCAGUUCUCACUGAUGACGCAGGGGUGACUGGAAACCCUUUCAAGAUGCCUCCAGACAGUGAUAUCUUCUUAAUGAGGGACAAGGAGCGUCAGAGAAAGAAACAGGAUCGUUUGAAACAACGUGACCUGAAAGUUCACGAAAAGACCACGUAUGCAGCAAAAGUCAAUUUUAAAACAGCCCAGAUGAUCAAACCCACAGAUUCAGAUGAUGAAAAAGAGGAGGAAGAUACAGAUAAAGCUGUGGCUGUGAAGGAUGAUCCACAGUUCACAAUUGCUGUCACUAGAGAUCGCCAUGUGGAGAAAGAGUCACUCGCGGAGUACAUUGCCAAAAAGAGGGAAAUGUUUCUAGUCCAGUAUUCCCUGGGUGUGAAGAGAGACGAGACCCAGAAGCUCGAGGAGAUUGCGCAGGCUGAGGAGCGCAAGCUGGAACUCGCAGAGCAGUAUCUGGAGGAGGACGCAGCCAUGUUUGAUGAGUUCUUAAAGGAAAACGACAACAACUCAGUGGAGGCCAUGAGAAUAGCUGAAACAGAAACAAAAGCAAAGUUGGAGAAAGUACAAGAGAUUAAGAGACAAAAUGCAGAAAUGAUGUCCAUAAAGUCAGAAAUCUCCAAGUAUGAAGACCAGCUCAAAGAGUACCAGUUGUACAGAAGUUUUCUGGAGAAUCUUACUCCUCCUGAAAUUAAGAAAGAAAUGGAUGAAAGAAAAGCAAAGAAGCGUGAGGAUCGAAGGAGACUCAGGGAGAGGGAAAGACUGGCACAACGCACGACAUCGGAUCUGGUUCCUGAGAAGCCUGACAGCCGAGGGAGAAAACGUCCUGCAAAAGGGGCUGCAGAACUGGCAAAAAAAGCCUCCGCCUCCAAAAGAACUGGUGAGCAGGAGAGCACGGUUUCCACUGUAACAGAAUCUGAUGAUGACAGUGAUGAGGUCUUCAGCUCUGCUAAAAUGUCAGGUGCGCUGGCCUACCAUAUGUCACUGGAAAACAUGGAGGACCUAGAGCUCCACUUCACAGACCCCCAGCAGCUGCUGAACAUCUUUGCAGAGCUGGAGGAACAGAACCUGUCCCUGAUCCAAAACAGCCAAGAGACAGAGGAGGCCCUCGAGGAGAUGAAACAGACCAUCAAACUCACCAAAGUCAGAAUGGAGAAGGAAACAGCAAUAUUAAAAGAACAGAUAGACAAACUUAAUGCACAGAUCAAAAAAGAAGAAAAGAGAGCAGAAGAAUUAAAAAUCAAAGCCAAAAUGUUUUCAUUUGGAGAAUGGAAGCAAGAGGACCAGGAGAAGAAUUUAGCAGAGCUGAACAAGAAAGUAGAGGAGGUGUACCGCAGCUGUAUUGGGGACAAUGAGGCAAACAUUAGUCUUACAGGAACCACAAUGUCCUCUGCGGAAGACUGGGAAAUUGUUUUGUUUAACACGCUGCAGAUGUUGACCAACAUUGAGAACCGCCUCGAGGAACUCUUCGAGCAAAUUGAGACAAUGCCACAAGACAAGGUUGAGGCAGCAGAAAAGGCUAAGGAGAAGGAGCGUCGUCUGAAGCUGCGAGAGGAGAAGAUUGAGCAGCAGAGGCUACAUCAGGAAGAAAGAGUUCGCAAGGCUCUCGAGAGGGCUAAGGCAGAACCAAAAAAACAGACUGGCAGGAAGUUGGUGUUCCGUUCAGAGCCACCGCGUCACAAAAAGAAGGAGGACGACAGAAACGACCAGCAGAACAAGGAGGAGGAGGAGCUCGCGUACUUCUUCACUUGGUAGCAGACAUUUCCGCAAAAUAUAGGACAAUAUUUGUACCGAGAGACAUAACUUUCAGAUUUUCUGUCCUUAUGUUCCUCUUUGGUUUUGAAAUUCAUAAAAAGGGAUGCAUGUUUUUA